AUGGCGUACAUUGUUCGGGUAGUGAUAGUGUGCGCACUGGUCGGUUUGAUCGAAUCUAAUCCGGCCGUCGAUAGUGGCAGUGUUGUCAAUCACUUGGCAUCGGAACACGGUACCCUUAGUAAGGCGGCGCUUGAGGAUAGCUUCAUUCGUAGACUUGGAGGGAAGUGUACGCAGAAGGAUAACAGUUCGUGCGUGAUGCUGAAGCUGGUUACCUAUAUGAACCGGAUGUUGAAAAAGUCUAGCAUAAGCCUCGGGGAAAGCUUCGAGCUUAUGAAAACACGGUCGGACGAGCAACUUUCGGACUCGGACGCGGACGAGAUGUCGGUGCUGGCGCGUUCGACCACUUCGGACGACCAUAAGCUAAGCGUGAUGGUGGCGGACAAGAUCUGGCGCUUUAUUCACAGCCGCAGCCUCCGGUGGCGGGCAACACGGGCCACCGAUGUGGUGGUGGCUUCCGGUGAGGGUGGUAAGCUGAAUCUGGGAGUUUCGCUCGACACGCGCCGUCUGUUCGAGGAAGGCCGUGGUCGCCUGAAGCAGUACGCACCGAUAUUGGCCGCCGUCGUCAUGAAGGCGGUCCUAUUGGGUGCGCUGGUGCUGAAAGGCAUUGCGCUACUCGUCGGGAAAGCGCUGCUCGUCUCGAAACUGGCGCUGGUGUUGGCCAGCAUACUCGGCAUCAAGAAGCUGCUGCACAAGAAGUACGUCACAUAUGAGGUGGUUGCUCACGCGCCGGAACCCCACCAUCAUGUGGACACGUACAGUUCUGGUUGGGCGCGAGCACUCGAUGGGUUUGUGGAAUCGUUCUCGAACGAACUUAACCGACGGUUGACGGUUGAUUCGCACGACCUUGCCUACCAGCAUCAGGCGCCCACUCACUAG